CUGGAUUUUUAGCGCUUGUAGCAAACUUAACUUUGCAGAAAUCAACGUUCAGAAAUAUAAAAGCUAAUUGGAGUGAAAUGAAGCUUCAAGUUGUAGCCGCAUUGCUCUGCUUAAUAGUUUUUCUACAUUCUGAAGGUAAACCCCAAGGCAAGGGCAAAUGCAAAGGCAAGGCAAAGAACAACUACGAAUUAAGGUAUAAGAAAAAUGGGUACCAUGACCAGGAAAAUCCGUGCAAAAGGUGUAAAGCCCCUUGUAAAACUCUUCCAACAACAUGUCCAGAGGGUUACACGAAGCUGACUAAUCAAAGUAUUAGCCCAAAUUGUUACCUUUUUGGAGGAAGCAAUGUUACGUAUAGAACAGAUUGGCAUGUAGCAAAUGCGAUAUGCACCAGUACUCCUGGUGCUUACUUGUGGAUUCCAGAAACAAGAGAAGAGGCUGAAGCAGUUUUAGUCAAAUUUGAUGUAUUUGGGAUUUUAGGGAAUUUUGACGUUUUCACUGGAGCAAACAAUUUAGCUGACAGAUACAGUUAUGUUUAUUCAGUAACAAAUGACCCAUUUGACCAGGACAAUCUACCAUAUGGUAUACCAUUGGAAGGUAACCCUCAUUUCAAUAAUAAAAGUUGUUUCGAACUUGAGUGGGAUGUGGAGAAACGUGUAUUUGAAUGGGACGCUGAUGAUUGUUCUGGAAGUUCAAACGAGGCAUACAUUUGCGAGUUUCCAAUUGUAAAUUUUUAG